AUGUCGGGCAACAAAGUCUCAAGGCAAAAGCCCUGCCAUCACUGCAAGAGCAGGUCCACGUCAACCCCACCAGAGACCUCCACAAUACACUAUGAGAAGUUCUGGCUGUACCGUCACUGCUCUUCAGUGCAGCAGAGUGACAGGCAAGCUCAGAAAGCUGGGCAGCUCUUCUCAGGGCUGCUGGCCAUGAACGUGGUGUUUCUGGGCAGCGCCUUCAUCAGCAGUAUGAUUUUCAACCACGUGGCCAUCACACUGGCAGAUGUCUGGAUCCUGCUCUCCAUCCUCAAGGUCUUGUGCCUGUGCUGGAUCAUCUACUACCUGCUGGGCACCAGCCGGCAGCCGCACGCAGUGCUGCACCGCGAUUCCCACGCUGCGCCCAUCUGGAUCAGGGGGUCAGUGCUGCUGUUCGGCAGUUUCAGCAUUCUCCUGAACGUGUUUCAGAUCGGCUACAGCGCGAUUCUCAUCCAGUGCAAAUCCAGGGUGGAAAUUGUGUUCCCCAGCAUUGAAAUCCUUUUUAUUUGCACCCAGGCUUUUUUUCUGUGGCAUCACUCUAAAGACUGCAUUCAAGUCCAGCACAACUUCACCAGGUGUGGGCUGAUGCUGACCAUAGCCACUAACCUCCUCCUCUGGCUCUUGGCGGUGACCAACGACACCAUUCACAUGGAGAUUGAGUCUCAGCUGCGUGAGGUGGAGCAGCGAUUUGCAGGCAAUGAGACUGCCUCAUGCACAUGCCCAAACACAACCAUCUGCAAAAUCUUUCAGAAGGGCUACAUCCUGCUCUACCCCUUCAACACCGAGUACUGCCUCGUCUGCUGCUCCGUGCUGUAUGUCAUGUGGAAGAACGUGGGGAGACGCAUCAGCCACCACCACGUCCCUCACAUCAAGCCCAAGUUCAAGCUCCAAGGGGUGGUCUUUGGGCCACUGCUGGGCGCCGCUGCUGUAAUCAUUGGGAUCUGUGUCUUCAUGAUGUACCAGAUCCAGGCCACCGGCUCAGCCCCCAAUCGCCAGGUCUUCGUGAUGUAUUAUUCCUACUACAUUGUGCUCCUGCCCCUGAUGAGUGUGGGCGCAGUGAUUGGGACAAUCAUCCACGCCUUGGAAAAAAGGGAGCUGGACACACUGAAGAACCCAACCCGCAGCCUGGAUGUGAUCCUGUUGAUGGGGGCAGCCCUCGGCCAGAUCGGCAUGUGCUACUUCUCCAUUGUUGCCCUUGUGGCCACUGACCCCAGGGACCUGUUGAACAGUCUCAUCCUGUCCUAUUCUGUUCUCCUCAUCUUUCAGAACAUCACCCAAAAUGUCUUCAUUAUUGAUGGGCUUCACCGGCAACCCUUUGUAGCAGCAGCUGAGGCCAUACACACAGGACACAUUGGGCAGCAUGCAGCAGCUUCAGAGUUACCUAGUGAAGAGGAAACCACGACAAGCAGCGAACAGGAGCACACGCAGAUGUCUCCUGGCAAAGAGGAAGAAAUAAAAGAAGAGCAGAAUCACGAAGCCCACAGCCAGAGACGAGUGAGCAUGCUGGAGCUGGGACAGGAGAUUCGGAAAGCUUCUCUGUCCUAUAUCCACAGCUACUCUCACCUGAAUUGGAAGAGAAAAGCAUUAAGGGAGAUCUCGUUCUUCUUGGUUUUGUGCAACAUCAUACUGUGGGUCAUGCCCACAUUUGGGGCUCACCCUGCCUUUGAGAAUGGACUGGAAAAGACAUUUUACGGCUACUCCACCUGGUUUGUGAUCGUGAAUUUUGGCCUCCCACUGGGUGUGUUCUACCGAAUGCACUCCGUCGGGGGACUCCUGGAGGUCUACAUCACAGCCUGAACCAAGCUGAAUCCCCACCCAGAGGCUGGGGUGAAAUAAUGAUGCUGAACAAAGAUGCAGUAAGCAGCAGAUAUGUACAUUGAA